AUGGGCUUAGAAACUCGAACUUCGGAGGAAGAGAAUCUCAAGCUCAUGGAAGAGCUGGAAAUUCUAAAACUGGUUGUAUAUAAGUCAAAGAACGGGCAUCGAGGUUCGAAGCUGUUUAGGAAGCUUGUUCACUUGAAAAGACUUUCCCAGUCCUUUCUUCUCAACAAAGUAAAGAGCAAGAAAGAUGAAAUCCGUAGAGUGAGUGAGGAGUUGUAUAUCUUGGCAACAUCAAACAUUCCAGAGGGGCAUCUUAUUAGCUAUACACUUAUUAUCUUGGGCCUAUGCUCUAGGAUCCAUUAUCUAGUGGGUGAUAUUGAAUGUAUUGAAGAUACCAAUGACAUUGAUGAAAUGUUUGCAGAGAUUGAGUAA